AUGGAAGCCGCUCACCAAGGGACGGAAUUAGAUCCAUCCACAUGUGGAGUUUUUCUUUGCCACGCAGCUCAAAGCCUUUUGGUGCAAUCAUUGAAGAAUGUAAGGAAAAUAAAACUAUGGGAAUGUGGGAACAUAUUAUCACUGUCAACUUUAUCCAUUGCGGCCUCAACAAUUUCGUUGGAAAGUUUGUCAAUCAGGGGAUGUCAUAAACUGAAGUGCAUCACAACACACGAGGGAGAUGCUCAAGUUGAUAAUAAGAAUUAUUGUUCCAUUUUCCCAACACUAGAGAAUCUGGAAAUUUGGAAGUGCGAGGAGUUGGAAUUUUUAUUUCAAUCAUCAAUAUCUGAUGGUCUUCAAAAAUUGAAGUCUUUGACUAUCACGAAAGUUCCUGAACUAAAAUAUGUUGUUGGGAACUACCAGCAAGAUCAGCAAAACGAAGGGCUGCGUUUCGAGCUCCCUGCAUUGGAGACCCUCUCCAUCACACAUGCGCCGAAGAUCAAAAGCAUUUGCGCCAAGAAUUAUAAGAUGGAUCUGCCAUCUCUUCAGAAUGUCGAGCUGUGCAAUUGCAUCAUUAAAUCUUUGGAUGAUUAUGACAUGAUGAAUCUGACAACUACAGAGGAACUAGAUCCAUCCACAUGUGGAGUUUUUCUUGGCCACGCAGCUCAAAGCCUUUUGGUGCAAUCAUUGAAGAAUGUUACGACAAUAGAACUUACAAAUUGUGGAAAUACAAAUUGUGGAAACAUAAUAUCAAUGUCAACUUUAUCCAUUGCGGCCUCAACAAUUUCGUUGGGAAGUUUGUCAAUAAGGGGAUAUCAUAAACUGAAGUGCAUCACAACACACGAGGGAGAUGCUCAAGUUGAUAAUAAGAAUUAUUGUUCCAUUUUUCCAACACUAGAGAAUCUGGUAAUUUGGGAUUGCGAGGAGUUGGAAUUUGUAUUUCAAUCAUCAAUAUCUGGUGGUCUUCAAAAAUUGAAGUCUUUGACUAUCACGGAAGUUCCUGAACUGAAAUAUGUUGUUGGGAACUACCAGCAAGAUCAGCAAAACGAAGGGCUGCGUUUCGAGCUCCCUGCAUUGGAGACCCUCUCCAUCACACAUGCGCCGAAGAUCAAAAGCAUUUGCGCCAGGAAUUAUAAGAUGGAUCUGGCAUCUCUUCAGAAAGUUGAGCUGUGGGAUUGCGGCAUUAAAUCUUUGGAUGAUUAUGACAUGAUGAAUCUGACAACUACAGAGGAAUUAGGUGCAUCCACAGAAGGAGUUCCUCCUUUCCUUGUAGCUCAAAGCCUUUUGGUGCAAUCAUUGAAGAAUGUUACGACAAUAGAACUUACAAAUUGUGGAAACAUAAUAUCACUGUCAACUCUCUCCAUUGCGGCCUCAACAAUUUCGUUGGAAAGUUUGUCAAUCAGUAAAUGUCAUAAACUGAAGUGCAUCACAACACAUGAGGGAGAUGCUCAAGUUGAUAAUAAGAAUUAUUGUUCCAUUUUCCCAACACUAGAGAAUCUGUAUAUUCGGGAUUGCAAGGCAUUGGAAUUUGUAUUUCAAUCAUCAAUAUCUGGUGGUCUUCAAAAAUUGAAGUCUUUGUAUAUUAGGGAAGUUCCUGAACUAAAAUAUGUUGUUGGGAACUACCAGCAAGAUCAGCAAAACGAAGGCCUGCGUUUCGAGCUCCCUGCUUUGGAGAACUUCAUCAUUGAAAAUGCGCCAAAGAUGAACAGCGUUUGCGCCAAGAAUUAUAAGAUGGAUCUGUCAUCUCUUCAGAAUGUUGAGCUGUGGAGUGGCGACAUUAAAUCUUUCGAUGAUUCUGACAUGGUGAAUCUGACAACUACAGAGGAAUUAAAUUCAUCUACAGGUUUGUCAAUUAUAAGAUGUGAUCAGCUGAAGUGCAUUGUAGAAGAUGAGGCAGAUAUUGGAACUCGCAUGAACUACAAUUAUUCCAUCUUUCCAAAGUUGAAAUGGUUAGAAGUUUCAAACUGCAACGCAUUGGAAUAUUUAUUCCCAUCACAUGCUUUCAGAUGCCCUGCAUGUUUGGUGAGAAGCCUACCAAUGUCGCAGAAGCUCAGUAUAUCAAAAUGUGAAGAAUUAGUUAACAAUGUUGAAGAAGAUUAUGAAAAAAAUGAUGAUGAUCAUCAUCAGUGCCGUGAACCAUGCUUUCCCAACUUAGAAAAAGUCUCUGUCAUUGAUUGUGACAAAUUGAGCUACCUGUUCUCUAUCCCUAUCUCUGGUAUCCUUCCAAAACUAAGAUCUUUGAAGAUAAGUAGAGCCAAUGGACUUGAGCAUGCACUGGUAAGACAAGGAGAGAUGAAAGAGAUGGCCAUGAAGGAUGAUGUGCUUCCAAAACUAAGUAAAUUGGAGCUCAUAGAUCUUCCCAACCUUUUAUGGUAUGAGAUUGAAUUUUCAAACUUUGAAAGGAGACGAUAA